GUAUAAGUUUGCAGCUCUCCACCUCGCCAAUGCUCGAAAAGAGGGACCUGAUCUCCUCUUGCGUCAUCGUCUGGGAACUUACAAGUUAACGAAGCAAUAACAAACAGGUUAAUUAAUUUAUUGAGUAUGUUGCAAGUGCAAACAUUGCUAAGUGAGCACAUGCAACAAGCUUGGAGGCAACAAAAAGUGGGCCUCAGAGAACAAGAGAAAAGGGAAACGGUAGAAGGCGAAAAAGAAAGUAUAAGAGGAGGGUCGUUGUACGCAGCUGUUACGGAUGGUCGAAAGAACAGCCGGCAUGAACCACUCAUUACGUAUUGCUCAGUUAGUCCAUGUUCCGAUGGUUUUAAUGCAUGGGGCCUUUUCCCUUCUACUCUCCCGCAUCAUUGCGACCCUUAUUUUUCACAGAUUGCCGUUCGUCAUCUUUUACUUUACAAUAUGCUUAUUUUACAUACUUAUUUUAUGUCCAAAAUGAGAGUCGAACUGGUUGUUAAAUACGGAACAUCAAUAAAAUAA